GGGAUGAACAAAUUAACUUAGAAGUUAAUAAAAGGUGUUUUUAGAGGUGCUUUAAUGUUGAAAUAUUCUAUGAUGUUAAAUGAUUCAAGUAUGUUUGUGGUGAACUUGGCAGCUGUAUUGUUGAAUAUAAUUUACACAUUCUUCUUCAAUAAGUAUUCCCGGUGUAAAAAGCAGGACAUUCACCAGCCCAUAAUGUGGGGUACAAUCCUAAUGACUGUGAUAUUUGCAUAUACUUUUUGGGAGGAAGAAGAACUUAUUGAGUAUAGAUACGGACUGAUAGUAACAGUAUUAAUGUUGGGCCUGUUAGGAAGUCCAUUAAUAGAAGUGAGAGAAAUAGUAAGAAAAAAAGAUGCCUCUAGCAUACCUUUGCCAAUCACGUUCAUGGCAUGUAUAGUAACCAGUUUGUGGCUUCUUUAUGGAUUUAUACUAAAGAACGAAUUUAUGAUCAUUCAAAAUUUCAUUGGGUUCUUUCUUUGUCUAAUGCAGUUAACUUUGUAUUGCAUCUACAGAUGCCCAGAUAUGAAAAAACAGAAAGAACUGUAAUGAUAAUUGCAGACUACAUAUUAGCUUGUGAUAUAAAAUAUUCAAAACAAUUAGUGAUUAUGAACAUUUUCUUUGGUGAGGGAAAAAUGAU